AUGGCCCUGAGACCCGAGGACCCCACUAGUGGGUUUCACCAUGACAACGUCUUGGCUUUUAUCAACGAGCAGAUGGCAAGGCACCCUAAAGGGCCUCAGUUCUAUCUUGAAAACGUGUUCUUGUGUUGGGAAGAGGUAGAGAACAAAUUCAGAGCCAUCUUAGAAGACAGCACGGUGCCCAGAGAGGCACAUGAGGCCUGCGCCUGGAGCAGCCUGGCCUUGGCCGUGCGCUUUGCUCGCAGGCAGGAUUAUUUACAGGGGCACCGGGUGCAGUGGCUUCAUGAGUUUGCCAAACUGCACAAAGUGGCCGCCAAUGCCUUGGCCUCAGACCUGAAGCAGCUCUCUGAGCAACAGGAGGCAGAGCGCAGGGAGGCCGCCUUCCAGCUUCGAGUGAUGCAGACCAAACUGGCAGAGGUGCAGAAGGAACGUGACAUGCUCAAGCGGAAGCUCCUCCAAGCAGAACUGAAGGUGCUCUCAAUAGCAGAGGAGUCAAGCCUAGUCACUACUACGAUCCUGGCCACUGCCGCUGCCUCUGGGUCUGCCACUGCCUGUGCCAGUGAUUCUGCCUGUGCUUCUGCAUCUGCCACUGCUGGAGGGGAAGGAACAGAGAGGCAAAGAGGAAGUGAUAAGGAAGAAGUGGCAGAUAUGGAAGUUUCUAUCAGAGAUGCCAGAGGAAGUAAACCGGAGAUGGAUUCGACAUCGGAGCCCACUCAGGAGGCCGAAGGAAGCCUCACGAAGCUUCUGGGGGCUGUGGACUGGAAAAACUACUCCUUUGGUGGGCACAGGGAGGGGAAUAUAAGAUCUUCUGAGAAGGCUAUGUUUUCUCAAUCAGGAACCCCAAAUCUAAGGCGCGCAGCUUCCCCUGAGCCCCUUACUGUACAACUCCCUGCAUCAUUCACAUAUUCCUAUGACAGUCCCUUCCAAGACACCCCAUCAACAUCACCAGUCAUGGGCAUGGCACCUUUAAGUCCAGUGCCUUCCUAUUGCAUGAGUCCUGACAUGAAUCUACUUUCUGAUAUGGGAAUCACUGGAACAGACUUUGAGGAAUUUCAGGACAAGAAGGACUCAGAAACCCAGCAAGAAAAAAAACUUCCCGUAUUUCGCCGUCCUGGGGACUGGGAUUGUCCAUGGUGUAAAGCAGUGAAUUUUUCACGGAGGGAAAACUGCUUUCGCUGUGGGAGGGGAAUCUGGCUGCAAAGCCCUUAG